AUGUUUGACACUCAACUAAAUAGUAUACUGACGGAUGAUGGUAUAGGAUCACAGGAUGGUGGUAUAGGAUCACAGGAUGGUGGUAUAGGAUCACAGGAUGGUGGUAUAGGAUCACAGGAUGGUGGUAUAGGAUCACAGGAUGGUGGUAUAGGAUCACAGGAUGGUGGUAUAGGAUCACAGGAUGGUGGUAUAGGAUCACAGGAUGGUGGUAUAGGAUCACAGGAUGGUGGUAUAGGAUCACAGGAUGGUGGUAUAGGAUCACAGGAUGGUGGUAUAGGAUCACAGGAUGGUGGUAUAGGAUCACAGGAUGGUGGUAUAGGAUCACAGGAUGGUGGUAUAGGAUCACAGGAUGGUGGUAUAGGAUCACAGGAUGGUGGUAUAGGAUCACAGGAUGGUGGUAUAGGAUCACAGGAUGGUGGUAUAGGAUCACAGGAUGGUGGUAUAGGAUCACAGGAUGGUGGUAUAGGAUCACAGGAUGGUGGUAUAGGAUCACAGGAUGGUGGUAUAGGAUCACAGGAUGGUGGUAUAGGAUCACAGGAUGGUGGUAUAGGAUCACAGGAUGGUGGUAUAGGAUCACAGGAUGGUGGUAUAGGAUCACAGGAUGGUGGUAUAGGAUCACAGGAUGGUGGUAUAGGAUCACAGGAUGGUGGUAUAGGAUCACAGGAUGGUGGUAUAGGAUCACAGGAUGGUGGUAUAGGAUCACAGGAUGGUGGUAUAGGAUCACAGGAUGGUGGUAUAGGAUCACAGGAUGGUGGUAUAGGAUCACAGGAUGGUGGUAUAGGAUCACAGGAUGGUGGUAUAGGAUCACAGGAUGGUGGUAUAGGAUCACAGGAUGAUGGUAUAGGAUCACAGGAUGGUGGUAUAGGAUCACAGGAUGAUGGUCAUGCACAGUCAACAAGGCGUGGUACCUGA